AAGGGCAACUAAGAUUCAGCCUGGCGCAUGCCGGCCAUGGAGUAGGCCGUUCAUCGGACCCCGAGGGGAUGCCCUUAGUGGAUGUCACCGUGGAUCCCGUGAGCGUGGAGGUGGAGGUGCCAGACGAGUGCACGGUGGGGCAGUGGAAGCGCAUGCUGGGCGACGGCUUCCUGGGAGACAAGAUCCUGUACAGCUCCAAGCUUCAGUGCUACUGCUUCGACAAGACUAACGUACUAGCUGACGAGGAGCAGAUGCCCACACUUCCCAAGCGGAUCUACAUCCGCGGGCCCAACAGCGUGCUGAAGAUGCUGGAGCUGGCGCUGAACAAGCAGACCGGGAAGCGGUCCUCCCGGAAGCCGGAGCUCCGAGACCGGAAGACGGCGCAGGUGGCCCCGGCGGCGCCCCCGGUGCAUCCGCCGGAGCGGACCGCGGCGGCCUUCGAGCGGACCGCCGCGGCCUUCGAGCGGCCGCCGCCCACCGCGCUGUGGCCGAAGGACACGAACACUCACCUGUCCGUGUAUAGCGCCGGGUAUCAAGGCAUGCGCCCAUACAUGGAGGACCGGGCCUGCGGCCUGCUGGAGCUGCCGGGCUUCCCCGCCGGCAGCUUCUUCGGGGUCUUCGACGGGCAUGGGGGGCACCAGGUGGCACAGUUUGCAGCCGAGAAGAUGCCACGGAUCUUGGUGGACAAGCUCAAGGAGGGCUUGGAUCCCGCCGAGGCGCUCAAGGAGUCCUUCGGGGCCAUGGACGCGGAGCUGCGGUCGCUGGCGGCCACGGCGUUUCUGCGCCAGGGCUCCACCGCCGUGGCCACGCUGUUGUUGCGGGAGGAGGACAACGUGCGGCUGCUCUGUGCCAAUUGCGGCGACAGCCGGGCGGUGCUGUGCCGGGGCCGCGCUGCGCUGGCGCUGUCCAAGGACCACAAGCCCAACGAUCCAGAGGAGCGGCGCCGAAUCGAGGCGGCAGGGGGCAAGGUAGAGCUGCAUGGCCCCUGCUGGCGCAUCGACGGGGGCUUGAACCUCUCGCGGGCUCUUGGGGACUUCCUCUACAAGGCCCGGCGAGAGCUGCCGGCUGACCAGCAGAAGGUGAUCAGCGACCCAGAGGUCGAGGAGGUGGUGCUGAACGACACGGACCGCUUCCUCGUCAUGGCCAGCGACGGGGUUUUCGAGAUCUUCAACUCCGAUGAGCUGGUGGAGGAGUUGCUCAGGGAGAAGCGGCGCCUCAGCUCUUGGCAGAGCGCCAUCGACAGCGUCCUCAAGAAGUCUUGGAGCAGCGGGGACAACGUGAGCAUUUGCUUGGUGGAGUUUCUGAACAUGGCACGGGGCAUCUGAGCGAAUGGACCGCGAGGGAAGAGCAUCCGCAGGGUUCAUAUCUGUUUGCUUGGUUGGCGGGUACCCUUUUCAGAGGCACCCCAGCCAACAAUUGGGGGUCGCCCUAGGCACCUGAC